AUGGAAAAUCCUUUAGGCAAAGCAUUAGAAAACAUACAUUGGAAUAAGUCAGUGAUACCAUCACUUGCAGAAAAUGAAAAAUUACUAACAAUAUAUUUAAACGCCCACAUAACUUCAGCAAUAACACUUUUGUCACAAACACUAUACAAAUGUAUACCCGAGUUGUCUUUUUCUUUUAACUCACUGGAUUGUACAGUUGUAGAAGUUGCUGCUAGUCUUAACUGUUUAGUAUUCAAUUUAAUUUUAACAGCAUUACUAUGCUUAACAGAACCUGCAUGUUGUGUUAAAGCCUGGAAACCUUUAUUAGAAACACUGAUUGAUGUUUGGCAAAGAAUACAAAAAUCCUGGACAUCUGAAUGUUUUCUUGACCACUCGGAAAUUGUAUUACAAUUGUUAUGCCCAUCACUUUUCAAAAACCAAUCAUCACGCACAGAACAUUUGCCAAAAGAAAAAUAUAUAGUAAAUAUCACUAGUAAAAACUUAGAACUAUAA